UUUUUCUGCUUUGUAUCUUUCUCUCUCUAGGUAUAGUGAGUAUCGUCGUCUACAGAUGGGAAUACAGAUGCAGAUGUGAUUCUACUGGGUCCGAAAAUGAGCUGCUCUCUCUCAAAUAAUCUCUUGUACCCAAAACACAAUGACCAAUCUUUCUCUUGUCUUCUUCUCGGAAGAAGAAAAAGAUGAUGGUUUCCCAUCUACCAGACCUUCAAUCAAAAAACUCAAUGUUUUCCCUCUACUGUGAAGAACGAUUAGUCGAUGAAAAAGAAGAACAAGACGCCGGAAAAGGGAUCCGCCCCUUUCACGACGGCGGCCGGAAGAAGAAGCCAGAACUUUUUGUUUUUGGACAUGAUUUGCAUUGGGAAACAGACGAGCUCGAGUCUCUGAUGUCUAGGGAAAGAGACGUACAUUUGGGUGUUACUGAUUUGAGCUCAGAUGAAUCGAUAAUGGAAGCAAGAAGGGAGGCUGUUGAAUGGAUAAUGAGGGUCAGUAGUCAUUACAGUUUCGCUUCAUUAACCAUUCUUUUAGCUGUUAUGUACUACGAUAGAUUCAUCUUGAGCGUUAAAUUCCAAAGAGAUAUGCCAUGGAUGAAUCAUUUAACAGCCGUCGCUUGUCUCUCUUUGGCUGCCAAAAUGGAAGAACCGCGUGUUCCCCUCCUCUUAGACCUGCAAGUGGAGGAAUUCAAAUAUGUAUUUGAAGCCAAAACAGUUCAAAGGAUGGAACUUCUGGUGCUUUCUAGCCUCAAGUGGAAGAUGAACCUUGUCACCCCAAUUACCUUUAUUGAACACAUUGUAAGGAGAUUGAGAUGGAAAUCCCUUUUGAACCGCCAUUUUUUUGACAGUUGUGAGACCCUCAUCGUUUCCUUAAUCUUUGAUUCAUGGUCUGUGAGCUAUCUCCCAUCUGUAAUGGCUAGUGCAGUCAUGUUACAAGUUGCAAAAGAAGUUGAUCCAUUAAGAGUAUUAGAUUUCGAGAAAGAGAUUAUGGAUAUUCUUAAAACCAACAAGGGAAAGGUUGAUGAUUGCGGGAAACUCAUACGGGUACCAUUAAGCUUGAAUCUUCGUAAACGCAAAUACAAUCCCAUUCCCAGCAGCCCGAGUUGCGUGAUAACUUCAUGUUUCAGCUCUAAUGAUAGCUCGAAUGAUUCUUGGACUGUUGCAUCUUCUGAAACUACUACAAUGAAGAAGAACAGAGCUGAUGAAGAAAUGAAGUAAAUGAGCUUAUCAGCUUAAUUGGACAUAUCUAUAAUUAGUAUUUUAUGGACAAAAUAGUAAAUGAUCUACUAUUUUAAGAUUAUUCCUACAUUAGUAUAUAUCAUCAUGCAAUAGGAGACAUGAGGAAUGAUCUUGUGUUUUGGAAGAUCUAAGCAGAAACUCUAAGAUUUCUGUAUGAUUUCAUUAUGAAUUGAGGUAUGCUUUAGACAUUAUUGCUAUGUUCAGUAGUGAUGAUGAUCUAACAUAGAAAAAUUUAAGAUUAAUGACUAAAAUACCCAUGGAAUUUAAUAUUUUGAAGUAUUAUAAAAAGUAGGGUAAAUAUUCUUUUGA